CGAGCGGAAAGGUCCUUCUCUGUUUCAUCGGCGCAGCUCCUUGUCGACUUCACCGGCGAAGGUCCUUGUCUGAUUCAUCGGCAGAGGUUCUUGUUGGUUUCUUAGCUGCAUUGAGCCAGAGUCGCUGGACUGGACAAAGAUGACCCGUCACUUUGAGUUUGUCCUGGCACUGGCACUCCUGGCUGGAGCCGUGUAUCCAGCCAAGAGCAUGGCACAACAGCCGGAAGAGGAACAACAACUGAAUGAAGAUGCCUCACCUGAUAUUGAGGAAGUGGAGAUGUUACUUAAACAGCUGGAAGAUUUGGUGGAGGAAGAAGUGAUGGCCGGCAACAACGGUAUUGAUGAUCACAUGGCAGGACUUUUCGGCAAAAGGCAUUUAUCCGACUUUUCAGGACUGACCCUCGAUGUUGCCGGGGUGAGUUCCGCUACAGGUGACCUCCAUGACCCCAUCCAUGAUGACCCAAACGUAGCAUUAGGAAGACCUACGCGUCAAUCGAGCACAGGGCAUGAAGGCGACCCGGCUCGAGCUGUGGACGGUAACAGGAGUCCUCACUGGGCUGACAAUUCCUGCACACACACGAACGAAGAAAACGACCCAUGGUGGUACGUCGAUUUGGGACGUCAAGUCACUAUCGACCACGUCGCCAUCGUCAACCGCCGUGACCGCCGUAAAAGGAUCACACCCUUCGACGUCCACGUCGGGGACAGCACUAACGUGGCCAGCAACCCGAGGUGUGGCGGACAUCACCACUUCCCUCGGCCUGAGACGGAGAAGGUUGUCAACUGCGGCGGAUUGAGGGGCAGGUACGUGGGCAUCAGGCUGCCGGGGAGGAAGCGAGUCCUGACGCUGUGCGAGGUGGAGGUAUAUGCAGCUCCAAAUCUAGCGCUGGGAAAACCAACGUCCCAGUCAAAUGUCGCACAUAACGGGGUUGCCUCCCGAGCGACUGACGGAUGCAGGGACCCGAACUUUGGUAGACAGUGCUGCACCCGCACUCCAGCGGAGGCGAACCCUUGGCUGCAAGUGGACCUCGGAACCUCGGUCAGAGUCCAGUGGGUGGUCAUCAUGAACCGUGCGGACUGUUGCCGAGAGCGACUCACCCCCUUCAACGUCCACAUCGGAAACAAUGCGCGUGUAGACCAGAACCCUCGCUGCGGCGGGCAUCACACCAUCCCCGCUGGUAAGAACAAGGAUGCCAUCAACUGCAACGGACUGACAGGACGAUACGUGGGGAUCCGACUGCCCGGCUAUGGCCGUAUGCUGACAGUCUGUGAGAUAGAAGUCUACACAGGUACGGUGACAAAGAGGACAUCUGAAGUGCGGGAGACCGAGGGAACGGGCUGCGGAGAACAUGAGGUCCUUCCGCCCGAUGGACCAAUCGGACUGUGGCAGAAGGUCCUGACGUCAUCAGAUCAGGUGGAAACAAGCCUGUCCAGCCGUGACUAUUCCUCGGUUACUGUCGUGUUAAAUGUCAUCGCAGAGGAUUUGGACUAUAUCUCCGUGUCGGGCGCGGACAUGUCCAGCGCAUUGAUACAGCAAUGCUUCGGUGAUCUGCUGCAGCAGGCCCGCAGGACCGCCCUGUCCUCCACGCCGCCGCCGUACAGAACCUCCUCCAGGAACGUCUUUGCUAAAGAUUGGAACUCCGCCUCGAGCACGGCUGAGCUCCUGAGACUGCUGUCACUGCCCACGGGAGACGAACUAGAAGUAUGUCACAUAUUCUAUGGUAGAAGUACCGUCAACAAAAAUUAUAAAUGGAACAGUUACACAAACGUUUCUUUUACCAUACCAGUCUAG